UCACCAAAAUCCGCAUUCAUCAGUGCUGCCAAGAAAGCAAAGCUGAAGUCUAAUCCAGUAAAAGUUCGAUUUUCUGAACAAGUGGCUAUCAACCCAACUGAUGCAGACAUGCUGAAAGACGACGCUCUACUUCUGAUCCCAAAUGUCCUGAAGGUGUUCUUGGAAAAUGGGCAGAUCAAAUCCUUUACUUUUGAUACACGCACCACUGUCAAGGAUGUGAUGGUUACUUUGCAAGACAGAUUAUCUCUAAGGUACAUUGAGCAUUUUGCCCUCGUUUUGGAGCCUGAGGUCCCAGAUCAGAAUCAUAAACUGUUGCUCCUGCAGGACAGGCAGCCUUUGACACACGUUGUACAGAGGACACAGUUUCUUGGGAUGAAGUGUUUGUUUCGAGUAAGUUUUUUUCCGAAAGAUCCUGCAGAAUUACUGCGCAGAGACCCAGCAGCUUUUGAAUAUCUCUACAUUCAGAGCCGUAAUGAUGUCAUCAAGGAGAGAUUCGGCACAGACUUGAAGCCAGAACUGAUGCUGCGGCUUGCUGCCCUACACAUCUAUAUCACCGUCUCAGUUGCAAGACCCAGUCCAAAGAUUUCUCUCAAGCAUGUAGAAAAAGAAUGGGGUCUGGAGCCAUUCCUGCCAGCUUCUCUGUUGCAGAGUGUAAAGGAGAAAAACAUUCGGAAGUCACUGUCCCAGCAACUAAAAGCUCAUCAGAACCAUUCCCCCACUACUACUAAGGUGUCUGCUGCUCAAGCAAAACUUCAGUAUCUGAGAAUCCUAAAUGAGAUUCCAACCUUUGGAGGUGUUCUCUUCAACACAGUAGGAGUGGAGGGAAAACAAUCUUCAACAACACUCCUCGUCGGUCCCCGACAUGGAAUCAGUCACGUGAUUGAUUUGAAAACCAACCUGACCACUGUGCUUGUAGAAUUCAGUCGUAUACACAAAGUGCAGCUUUUCCGUGAGAGUCCAGGAGUAGCACGUGUGGAGACCCACAUACUGGAAGCCAAGCCCUUAAUUCUGUUAAUGGAGUGGGCAGAAGCACUCAACUUUGCCACACUGAUUGCAGGCUACUACCGAUUGUUUGUGGACCACAAGAAAACAAUAUUCUGCAGAACACCCAAUCAGCCUCAUCUUAUAAAGACAGAUUACUUAAAUUUACAGAACAUUCAGCGUGCUUCUGCAAAAACAGGGCAGGCCGAGAAGCGAGAAUCCCGCUUUCACAGCAACAGUAGUUCUGCUGCUAAUAGUGUCAAUGCUGGUCCUAAGGAUAACGGUCAGAGGAGUGCAAGUCCUGAGGAAUCAGAACUGGUAAGCUUCUGUUACCUGCAUAUGCGAGAAGAGAGACAGCAGCAUGACAACCAAAUGGAUGUCAAUGAAAAUCUCAUCUUCUUUGAGGAAACUAGACCUAGGACAAAGUCCGACCCAACCUCCCGAAGUUCUGUAAGAGACUGCAAAAGUGCAGUGCAAGGUUAUGCCCUUGAUGGUCUAACUAAAGAAAGAUUGCUAAGCAGGGCUAGGGCCAAUACUAUGGAUGGCCAGACAAAAGGUGGCCAAAUGUUUUUUUACUGUGAUUCGUGCAAGGCCAAGAUAAAAAACAAUCUAGCAGCUAAGGUUGAUAUCCUGAAAAAAUGUACAAAUGCCUGUAGUUCCCGAGAAAACAUGGUGGAUCUGAUGUCACUGCCUCCUCCUGGGAGUGAUGAGGAAGAGGAAGUGGAGGAUGAAAGCCGUGCUUUGCUUCCUGCAAUUACUGUACCUCCACCAGGAUUUCGGGACAAUAGCUCUGACGAAGAUGAUACAAAACGAAGAGCUGCACAAGGGCAGGAACCGGGCAGGCAUCUCUGUGGAAUAAUUUGUGAUGAAAUUCCAGUGACACUUAUUGACUCUGUGCAAACUCGGACAGUGAGGGACCAUGCUCAGGAGCUUGAUGAUGCUUUGGUCUCCACCUUGCAAGCCCUAGAAGCACUGGCUGCAUCAGAAGAUGGGCCCCAUUCCCAGCCCCAACAGACAACAGGUCUUAUUGUUCUGGCUGCAAUUACUCCUGAAUCAUCUAUGGAUUCUGGCCAUGAAACCAAUUCUUCAGAACUUACAGACAUCUCAGAGAUGGUCACAGCAAUGAAACAACAACAGAACACUACAUACCUUUUAGCUCAUCAUAUUGAUAAGGAAGGCAUCCUUGGAAAGAAAGAUUUGCCUUUUAGAAUUCAGACCUGCUCAACACAGGCUAUUAUUGGAGGGGCUUAUCGUGUGGGUCAGAAAGAGGUGACUGAUUCUCCUAAAUCAUCCACACACCAUCAGUAUCCUAAAGCAAGUGUUGCUAGAGUAAAACAUGAGCAGCAGGAGAAAACAGGUGUAAUGUAUAACUUGCAACUAAAUAUUCCAAUAUCUGCACAUCAUCCAGAUCAGGGAGGUAAGUCAUCCUCAUCACCAAAAUCUGACCAAAACAGUUUCAGUGAUGCCAAAGACAAAAAAGAAUCCUCCAGCUCUUCUCCUGUUUCCACAUUGUGCAGUGAGUUACUGAAAAGUCCAGAUAGAAAUAUGCAACCAGAAGACAAUGUAAGUUCACCUGCAUCUGCAAAAGAAAUUCCAUCUUUAACACAUGCACCUACUGCUGUAAGUGCCUCCAUCUAUGAUAACAAUGUGGCUAUAAGUGAGGAUCUGAAAACUAGAAGCCUACCUAUUAAAAUGCCAAGUGCUGAAAAUAUUAAAAAUGUUGACAGAGAAUGUUCUACCAGUAUCAAUAAGCAUGCAGGACCUAAAGGGAAAGUAGAACAUGUUGAGAACACUUCCAUCUGUAGUCCACAAAAGAAUGAGGUCCCCAAACAACAAGAUCAUCUACAAACACAUGAUGCUGAUGUCUUCCACUGUUCUCCUACUGAGGAUGAAAGGGUGCAUAUAAAAGAUGGUUCUGAAAAGAAUAUACAGCCAAAGUCAAGCAAGGAAGGUCUGUGUUUAAAAGUCACUGCACCUCUAAGCCAAAAGCCAGUUGCAAACAGCAGCUCAAUCUCUUCAAAGUCACCUGAAGGUAAAAAACCUCACUGUGAAAGUUCCAUAAAAAAAUCUAAACCAGAAGAGAAGUUUCAAGCAAGCCCCUCCACAAUUAACAUCAGUCAAAAAAACACAAGUGAUCCUCAAAAGACUCAAAAGCCUUCAGUAUUAAAACCAGACAGCACUGCGGUAGCAAUCCCAGUUCCUGGACCACCCACAGAAAACAUGCUCGAUGUCAAGGAUAGUGGGCUACCAACAAAGCCAAAAGCACAGAAAGCUCCUUUCAAACUAAAAAACUUAUUUUCUGCCACUUUCCCAACUCGGUUAAAGAAAGAAACAGAUGAGAGACAAGUGCAGCUCCAGAAAGUAAAACAGUAUGAAAUGGAGUUUCUAGAGGAACUUUUGAAACCAAAAGCUAAGGUUGAGCUGCCACCUAAGGAUUUUUUGCACCAUCCAGUCCCAGGACACUGCCCAUGUCAGGUAAGAAGCAGCCCAUUGCAAAAGGUACCUGGGAUAUCACGAGAACAGCGACGCAGCUGUGACUGCAAACGUGUGUGCAGAGGCUUACGACUGCAGCCUAGUUCUGCUGGACCACAAAUGGAGAGGCAAGGAAGAGACAGAGAAGCACAUAGAAUUGCAGUGGAAAACAGGGUUUCUAGUGUUGAUGUAAAUGUUAAGAAUGCUCGAAUACGAUCUACAAGUCUUGAAUCCAGGGAUAACAAGUCAGAUCCUGAGCGCAGUGUUUCUUGCCUUGCUACGUGCACCUCUAGAGGUGAAUGUAUGAGGGCACCUCAUUACAGAAAGCUAAUGCGUCGCUACAGUGGCAGUGAAAUAGACAAGAGCGAUCUAGCCUCCCUCUCCUCUGAAGGCUAUCAAAAUGUAAAUGCAGUUAAACUGAAGAGUUUGAAGAAAGAACCCGAAUCUAUUGUCCAGGAUAGCACUACUACUGUUGCUGCUACCACUACUAGCACCCACCUUAGAAAAGGUCAGGGGACAGAAUUAACUACUGAUCCCCCAUUUGUGCAAGCAGACGAUGAUAAAAAAAUUCAAAAAUCACCUACUAUAUACUCUAUUCAUAGAGAUGUAUAUCCAGCUAGAGUAACAGAGAUUCCCAAAGAGGAGACAGAUAAUGAAAAAUGCUGCUCCAUUCGCUACUGUUUUUAUUACAGGAAAUGUGAUGCUGAAGAUAAUGCUAGUGAUAAGGAUGAACUCUCUUACUCAAUUCCAAUGCAGAUCCUGCCAGGCAUGCAGCUGGAUGACCAAACUGUGCCCGUUGUAAGCAAAACUCUUCAGGUUUUGGAUGCAACAGCUUGUAGUACACCAGACAACAGCCAGAGUCAGGAGAUAGAUCUUAGGACUUCCAGCUUUGAAGGUUGUUUGUCCAGAAUUAAUGCCCUCCGGGGGAGAGGCUACACACUACCAGAGGGAUUUCUUACUGCCCAGCUGGAUGCAAAUGAACUCUUGACAAUCCUAAGGCAGUGUGUUGUAACCACGGAAGCACGUGACCCAAAAGUGUACGUCUCCAAACUGGCAGAAUACAAACAAGACUUAGCAUUAAAGUUCAAGGAGUUUAGGGCUUCAUGCCGAAGAGUAGCAGCUGUAGACAAAAGUCCAUCACAUAUGCUUUCGGCCAUCACAGGUAGUUUUCAGGUGUUAUGCAGCCUUAUAGAGACAUUUGUUAGGCUGGUCUAUAUUGUUCGCUCAGAAACUCAACGCCAAGAACUUCUAGGAAAAGUUGAAGAGGUGAUAGUGAACUACACAUUUCUACUGAGAGCAGCUGAAGAGUCCAUGAGUAGAAUAUUAGGACACACAGUAGGGAAUGGCGCACAGCAGAGUGCAGCAGUAUCGACUGUUAUGAGCACAUUCACUCGGUCCAUCAAAACACUAAUGAACAAAUAAGCAUUUCCACACAACCAUGCAUCUGUGCUUUUCAGGCAUUAAGCAUUGUAGAUGGGGAUAGUCUAGGUAUGUCUGAGUCCAUUUAAUUUGAUUUAUAAAAGCUCUGGUUAUUUUUGUAGCAUUUCAUAUUUUGAAACCGUAUUGACCUAUACACCAAGACAAUAGAGAACUGAGCACAUUGCUGAAAUCACUCAUCUUCUCCAGAGUAUGAAUUACUUACCUGUGCAAUGUGAAGGACAAGUAAAUCUUGGGCCCGGAAAAAAUAAAUCAAACAUUCGCAGUCAAGAUGCCAGCUAUCUGUUCUUCACAGCUGUUUAAUCCUUAAUGACAGUAAAAUCACUGCCUGUAGUAAGGGACUGAAGUAUGCUAUUGUACCUUUAAUCUCUAGAGGAGCAGAUUGUCUCUUUCUUAACAUAAAUAUAAUCCAUUGUUCACAUGCAUUAGCCAUGACUUGGUAAUUAUACCUCUCCUUUGUGAAUGGAGUACAUUUCCAUCUGACUUUGAAAGUGUCCAUCAGAUCAGUUUUCUAUUUUUUGACUAAAAUCUGGGUGUGUACCAAGCUGUGGAAAUGUACUUCAUUAUGCUUGUUACUACUUAUAGGGAACUGAGAGGAAAUUGGUGGAAUUGUCCUCCAUGUGAUCCGAUAAAGUCUCAGUAUGAAAAAUAAACAUAGUGCUGGGGAACAAAAUAACAAAUAAGCAGACAGUAUGCUCAACCAGUGCAGGGAAAAUAAAUCCAGUCUUCCAAAGGAAGACACUAGGAUUAAAUAAAUCUUGUUGUAAACUCAGUCCACCGAAUAGAGUGAAUUCAAGCAUCAUUAAGGCAGGUAGCACUCACAAGAAAGAUGCAGACAAGUGACUGGCAACUUUAUUAAUUAACUGUAUCCAGUGCCCUUGCUUAAAUUUUUUUUUAUAGAUAAACUCUGUCAAAAAUGAAAACAUAAAUGAGUAAGAAUAUGCUCAUAUUCCAGUAAAUACAAAAUAAAAAAAAAA